UAGGUCUAUAGCAGCAACGCUGACGAACACAAUGACCGCACUGGUGCUCGCGCCUUGAUCAAAUAUCGGCGGAUUCCAAAAAAACCCCGUUAUUUUCAAAACGCUAAUAAACAUGUCUUGUAUCCGCAGGGUGAACGGACAAUUCCCGUGUAUGAGCCCCGCUGUCAGCUGCUCCCGUCUGCGCCAUGUCCAGUCACUGCUGUGGGAGGGGGAAACCAGCCCUGAUGGGAUUCUAUGCUCUCUGGGGAUUGACAGCAGGUAUAAUGAGGGCUGCAGUGAGCUGGCCAACUACCUGUUCUACGGACUGUACCGGAAGAACCAGCUGAACCUGGAGCACAUUCUGGAGGACUUCCCUGAGGAGGUGCUGGAUGAUGUGAUCGUGCUGAUCAAGGCAGAGAGUGUCCACCUGUACUGUAACCCAAUCAACUACAGUUACCUGCUGCCCUACGUCUCCCACUGGAGGAACCUCUGCAUACACUGCAUGAACCAAACAGAGUAUGAAGACGAGGAAGCAGCGGAGGAGUUUAAGAUCUCCAGCUUUGUGAGCAUGGUUCAAGACUGCAGCCGUAUUGGAGUUCCUUACAGCACCCAGGGCCACAUCCAGACGUUUGACAUGUUUAUGAUAGAGAAGUGGCCCAUCAUUCAGGCCUUCGCUCUGGAGGGGAUCGGUGGAGGAAGCUUCUUCACCAUGAAAUACAAGUUGAUGGACAUCAGUGAGAAGCUGUGGCAGACCUACACCAGAUUGGACCCUGUGUCCCUAGACAACCUGCUGACUGAGGACCUGGUGUUGUUUGAGAAGCAGUGGAGCAGUUUCUUCUCCAGCUUUGACAUCGAGAGCCAUCUGUCUAUCCUGGAACUGUCUGAGGCUCAGGCAGGGGAGGCGUUCCGGAGUUAUUUCUCUCAUGGCCUGAUCUCCAGUAACAUCGUUGACAGCAGCAGGAGACGGCAGCCCUUGGUUCUGUUUGGGAGCCACUCCUCCAUGGAGAACCUCCACAGCUACUCCUUCAACUUCCCUUCUGAUGGACACCAGGUCCGCAACACCGGACCCCAGGGGACCCCAGCCAAACACAUGGUUCUCCAGUGUGUGGCUCCUAAAGGAUCUUUAGCCUGCUCCAGGACUUACUUCUUUGGAACCACUCACAUCCCCUACCUAGGGAAUGACAACAUGCAACAGAAGAAAACAGAACUCCUUCUUCUCUCUCAGAUCUAUGCAGCAGCCGUCCAGUCGGUCCUGGCUGGAAUCAAAUGCUACUCCAACACCACUAGUGCUACUAAGGCGAAGGACGUAGCAGAGCAUACCUUCCAUCUGGCACUGGACUCGGUCCACCUGCCUCAGUACAGAACUGCUCUCAGAUCUAAAAGUGUUUUCCACAUCCAAGCUGUGAACAACCAGGGCAGAAUUGUUCCUCUGAGUGAAGAAGGGAGCUGCUUCUUGGUGAAAACUGCGUCCAUGUCAGUGUACGACAUCCCAGACCUCCAGUGGGGGAAAGGAGACCUGGGCUCUAUAGUCUUCUCUGAGUCCUUCUUGGUGUCCAGCAUCAACAUCCAACAGAAAGAUGGAAGUGUUUCCUCAGACAGCUGCUACACCAUCCUGACGACAGCUCUGCCUCGAUACGUCUGCUGGCUGGUGGAGUCUGAUGUGAAGCAUUCUGAGAAGGCCCAGGUCCUGCUGAAGGAGGAGGAGGGUACCUGCCUGGGCACCUCUUUGACUACAGCAGACACAGCUCAUGUGUUCUCCAACAGCCUGCUCUCCACUCCAGAGGAAGGUAAGAUGAGCUUCUUCACAGAGGGCAUCCUGUUCCUCCAUCCUCAGUACGGCACCAUCACUCUACCCAGGAGCCUCAUCAGCAGGAUCAAGUUGUAUGACCUGGACUCGUCGAGCGUGGUGGCAGCUCUGUUUGUACAGUAUGAAGCUGCUCUGCUGUCCCACCUGCCCUUCCCUCUCCACAGUGACGACCACUGUUUGGUCUUCAGCCUCCAGCCACGCUCACAGAGUCACCGAGCCUUCUACUCACAGGUGUUACCAGUGUGGCAGGGGUCAGACUCUGGACUCUCUCUGCAGCUGGUGGACAGAGAACAGCUGACCUGGGAUCAGAGGAACAUGCACUCCAGACUGCAGUGGUUGCAUGACUGCCACGCCCCCCCUGUGGCCAAACGCAGAGGCAGCCUGAAGGCCUCAUACUCCCAGCUACCAGAACAGGAGAUGUUCCUGCAGCACUUUGCUCUGAGCAGUGUGGGUCAGGAGCCCAUCCAGGAUGACCACCUGGGGGCACUGUUCUCCACGCCAGACACCAGGAACCCUCUGGCAGGACGCACUGACAAGGUGGUUAUAACCAUCAUCUCUGGACUACCGGGCAGCCACAAGAACAGACUGGUUAACUUCCUGGUCCAGCUGAAUAGAGAAGGAGGAAGGUGGGUUGUCUACCGUCCAGGACCAGACUGCAGUGAUUGUUUCUCCACCUCCCACUUCCAGCGCUACCUGUCCUGCUUCCUGGAAACACAGAGAGCACCUGGAGGGAAGCCCCGACUACUGCUGCUCACCCCUGGAUGUACAGAUGUAUUAGACGUGGUCCAGGCGGUCCUGUCCCAUCCAGAUGCUGUGGUCCAGGCCUGUUUCACCAUCGGGGCGGUCACAGCCUGUGUGGACCCUCUCAGCUCAUACAUGGAACACAGAUUUGUCUUCCCGAAGCUGGUGGAGCAGUGCAGCCAAGGUAUAGUGAGUACGGUCGUCUUCACUGGACCGGCAGCAGAACAGAAGAACCCUCUCCUCCAAACCGUACAGCAGCUGAUCCGGUCAGCCAAUCCCAACGCUGUCUUCAUCCUGGCAGAGAGAGGAGCCGUUACCAGGAAUGAGGAUGUGAAGAUGAUUUUGUCUGAGAGCAGCUUCUCUGAGGCGCAGAUGAUGAGAGCACGCUACCUGCUCUACCCUGGCUGGUGUAAAGGCCGGUUCAGCAGUGGCUGUGGGUCCCUGUCUUUGGGCCACCAGUAUGUGAUGUUCAACCUUCCCCUGGAGAGACCUCUGUUUCUGAAACACUGUAAAGCCUUCAAGUCAGCUCUGAGACCAAACCCUUUCAGAGGAAACGUCUACAACGUCUCGGGGAAGGUCCUCUUCUCUGACUCUGAGAGGAUGAUGGAGGUGAGCUACAACACUGUGAGUGGGAACCUCCGUAUCACUCAGCAGCCCUUGGGGGACAGCCACCAGGGGGACAGCCACCAGGGGGACAGCCACCAGGGGGACCAGGAACCCUCUGGAUGCUUCCUGCUGUUCCAUGGAGUGGGAUUGACACAGGAGGUCCUGAAGGACUGGCUGAGGAUCUGUGUAAAACAGAAGGAGGUGAGGAAGGUGAAGAAGACCCACACCAGCCUCUCUCAUCAGGAAAUCAGGACCAUCCAUGUGAAGAGACAUCUGGACCCUCUGCCUCCAGGCUUCUUCUACAACGGACAACAGUACGUCAGUUUCUUUGGAGACAAGAACAACUUCCAUCCACAAAUGGACCAGUUCAUAGCGGAGUAUGUUGAGGAGGCCAACCGAGAGAUCGACCUCUUCAACAAUCAGCUGGAGCAGCAGCAGCACCGGGACCUGUUUGACCCUUAGUGACCCCCAAGGUUGGGGUUAGAGGUCGUCUGUCUCGUCCUUUUAAUGUUUGUCCUCCUCAGCACAUC